UUGCCUUCUUCUCUACUAUUAUGUCCAUAAUAUCGUUUUGUAAAUUUUUGUUUUUCCUUUUUCUUUUUUGUAUAUCUUUUGACUCACCUGUAUUUCAAACAAAAAAUGACGCAGCACAUGCUCUAUGCUAUAAAACGUGUCACCCACCACUCACACUAUACAGACACAGACACACCUAUCACAGAAACCACAAUACAAAGCCUGUAUCUUUUAUGGCGGGAAGGGGGUGUGGGAUCUGGCUAUCUCACCUUCCGUUCGCUAACAUGAACGAGUGACUGCGACUGACUCAGAAAUUUACACUUUUUGACAUUUUAACAAAAAAAAGAGAAGGGAGCCCAAAACCACCUUGGUGUUUUACACAUACAACAUGCUCGACAUUAAUCUUUUACUAGAAGACCGUGGUGGCAAUCCUGAAAUUAUCAAGGAAUCGCAACGGAGACGUGGUGGCUCCGUUGAAGUUGUCGACGAAAUUAUUGCCUUGUACAAAGAAUGGGUCAAGACUCAAUUUUUGAGCGAUCAGAAAAACAAGGAAAUCAAUGCCGUGCAGAAGGAAAUUGGCAAAAAGUUCAAAGCCAAGGAAGAUGCCAGCGAUUUGUUGAAACAAAAGGAAGAGUUGCAAAAGGCCAAAGAAAAGCUGAUUGCCGAAGCCAAAGAAGGCGAGACGUCGUGGAAGGACAAGCUGGCAACGUUGGGCAACGUUGUGCACGCGUCGGUCCCGACAUCCAUGGACGAGGACAACAAUGAGGUGAUUCGCACAUACAACCACAACGACGUCGAACCUGUGAAACGCACGGAUAUCUUGUCGCAUCACGAAGUGUUGGCCCGUUUGGAUGGCUACGACCAGGACCGUGGUGCCAAAGUUGCUGGUCACCGUGGCUAUUUCUUGACCGGCGUCGGUGUGGAUCUGAACUUGGCCAUGAUCAACUAUGGUCUGUCCUUCUUGGCCAGACGCGGCUACAAAAAGUUAAUGACGCCCUUUUUCAUGAACAAGGAUAUGAUGGCCAAAACCGCCCAAUUGAGCCAGUUUGACGAGGAAUUGUACAAGGUCUCUGCCGAUGGUGACGACAAGUACCUCAUUGCUACCUCUGAACAGCCCAUUUCUGCUUUCCACUCGAACGAAUGGUUUGAAAAGCCCGCCGAGCAGUUGCCCAUCAAAUACGCAGGCUACUCGACCUGUUUCCGUAAAGAAGCUGGCGCUCACGGCAAGGAUACCUGGGGCAUCUUCCGUGUCCACCAGUUUGAAAAGAUCGAGCAGUUUGUCCUGACCGACCCUGAAAAGUCCUGGGAAAUGUUCGAUGACAUGAUCAGCCAUUCCGAGGAUUUCUUCCAGAGCCUGGGCUUGUCUUACCGUGUCGUCGCUAUCGUCUCGGGCGCCUUGAACAAUGCUGCUGCCAAAAAGUACGAUCUGGAAGCCUGGUUCCCAUUCCAGGGUGAAUACAAGGAGUUGGUUUCGUGCUCCAACUGUACCGACUACCAGUCUCGCCGUCUCGAGAUCCGUUGCGGUGUCAAGAAGAUGUCUGACCGUGAAAAGAAGUAUGUCCACUGCUUAAACUCGACUUUGUGCGCUACUGAACGUGCCAUUUGCGGUCUGUUGGAAACCUGGCAGCGUGAGGAUGGUUUGGAGGUCCCACCACCUUUGGUUCCUUACAUGGAUGGUCGUACCUUCAUCCCAUAUGCCAAGGAACUCAAUACCACUCCCAAAAAGGAUGCCACCAAGGCUAAGAAGAAAUAAAUGAAAUAAAUAAAGUUCUGUAUAGUUUGUUUUAAUUUUUUAUUAAUGAUAUUAAUUUCCCUACUUUUCAAUGCGG